GUCUUCACAACUUCCGCUGCAUGUGUGAGCGACGAUUUUGAAUCGUUUUGUUUGAAUGUACUCGUUUAUAUUCUGAUUUCAGAGGAAAUAUAUAGUACUAGAAAAAGAUGACAUUGGUUUAGAUUAAAGAAAAACAUAUAUAAUGGCAGAAACAAAGAAAGCAAGACCACUUACUGUUGAUCAAAUCCAAGAAGACAAUAUCACACAGUUGGCAGGAUUACAUUGGUCCCCAGAAGCUUUGAAGAAUGGGACAAAGUUUAAACCACAGUUGGUUGAAGAAAUAUAUAGAACAGAACUGGCCAAUACUGGAUUUUCCACAAGAAGAAGCAUGAUGUUAGAAUUCAGUCAGUACCUAGAAAAUUAUUUAUGGCCAAAUUAUGAUUCAGAAAAGUGUUCAUAUGCUCAUCAGUUGUCAAUAGCUGCCAUGGUCAAUGAGAAAUUUAGAGAAAGAGUUCCUCAAUGGGAGACAUUCAAGCGUAGACCUGAGAAGUUUGCUGAUUUUUUUCAUCAAAUGUUACAGGCUUGUUUACAUGAAGGCAAGCCUUUCAGAGAACAAUCAUUGUUACUCCUCUUUCUAAUUCACUGUUUCAAUAGUCUGGAAGUGGAUUUGAUCAGAGAACAAGUACAAAGAUUGGUUUCCUUACCUAUCUGGAAUAAUUUGUUGCAGGGUAGAAGAGAAGAAUUAUUCAAAGGAAAUCCAAAGUAUAAGAAAUUCUUUAAUCUUCUGAAGAAAAAUGAUGCAAAACUGGAUGAAAAGAAAAGGGCAAAAGUUCAUUUUGAAAGAGAAUUUUUAUCACAAAUGCUGAAGAAAUUUGACAAAGUUUUAAGUGAAAUAAAAGAAACAGGGAAAGUGUCACCUGACAAAGUGCAGUAUUGUGAAAGAUUUAUAGAGUUACUGAUAGAUAUAGAGGCACAGCUACCCACCCGUAGAUUUUUCAAUGCCCUAUUGGAUCAUUCCCAUUGUGUUGUUAAAUGUCAGUUGUCUCCCUUGGUCAAGAGAAAAGAAGGAAAACUUUUUAGUGAGUUGUUAGACAUGUUGAAUGCCUACACAGAGUUUGAGAUUGACGACACUACAGGAGAAGCUCUGACAAUUCAUGACAGACUUGAUAUACACUACAACAGAAUACUCAAAUUACAGAAAAUGGCUUUUAAAUAUUUUCCAGACCUACAGAAUUUUGCCAUAGCUAAUAUUGCCAGUGUUGACAGCAAGAAAUCACUUAUCAAGUACUUUGAACCACACAGCUCAGCUAAUUUACAUAAACUUUUGGCAUAUGCACAUGAACUAUCACAACCAGAUACAGAGGAAAACUGCAUUAAAGACAAACAAUAUCUGAUGGAAGUUUUAAUAUCAAAGCAUGCUAAGAGAAAGUCCCAGUUAGAACAACUCAAUGAGAUGCCACUAUAUCCAACAGAAGAAAUUAUCUGGGAUGAAAACAUUGUACCUACAGAAUUCUAUUCUGGAGAUGGUUGUCUAGCACUACCUAAAUUAAAUCUACAGUUUCUGACAUUACAUGACUACUUAUUGAAGAACUUCCACCUGUUUAGACUGGAGUCUACUUAUGAAAUCAGACAGGAUAUAGAAGAUGCUAUCUCACAUAUGAAACCUUGGCAAUCAGAAGAAGGUAACUGUUUGUUUGGUGGAUGGGCUAGAAUGGCACAACCUGUCUCGGAAUUUAAUGUUGUUGAGGUAUCCAAACCACUGGUUGGUGAGAGUCAUCCUUCACAAGUGAGAGCAGAUGUAACUGUUAGUAUCAGUGUUAGACCAGAAAUCAAAGCAGAAUGGGAAGGAUUAAGGAAACAUGAUGUAGCUUUCCUUAUAACACUACGGCCAACAGUUCCAAUGAGUCACAAAUAUAACCAUAAAGAACCAUUUAUACCACAAGUUGGACUGACAUAUGUCAGAGGAUGUGAAAUAGAGGGCAUGUUGGAUGCAGAAGGCAAAGUUAUAGAGGAAGGACCAGAGCCCAAACCAGAUUUGCCUGGUGACUUAAGAACUUUUAGGGUGUGGUUAGAUCCCAAUCAGUACCAACAAGACAUGGCAGGUACAGCAGAAGGUAAAGAGGAUGCAUAUGAAACAUUUAAUGUAAUAAUGAGAAGAAAGCCUAAAGAGAACAAUUUUAAAGCAGUGCUGGAAACGUUAAGAGAUCUAAUGAAUACACAUUUUGUGGUACCUGACUGGUUGCAUGAUCUUAUUCUAGGCUAUGGGGAACCAGAUGCAGCUCAUUACUCAAAAUUACAUAACCAGAUAGAAAAUUUAAAUUGGAAUGAUACCUUUUUAUCGAUGGAUCAUUUACGAGCCAGUUUUCCUAACUGCCCUAUAGAAGUCACCACGGAUGAUGUCGCUAAACAUAUACCGCCAUUCAGGUUAUCUAUCAAAGAUAUAGAGUCUGAUAGUAAUAAAAGAAAGGAAGGGGAGGAUGAACCCAAGACACAGAGACAUAUUAUAGUAGAUCCUUAUGUCAUAUCUAACAGAGGACCUUAUCCUUAUUGUUUACCUAAAAAAAAUAGUGUUCCAUUUACGCCAACUCAGACAGAAGCUAUCUAUUCUGGUAUGCAGCCAGGACUGACCAUCAUUGUAGGACCUCCAGGAACUGGCAAAACUGAUGUCGCUGUACAAAUUAUAUCUAAUAUAUACCACAACUAUUCUGAUCAGAGAACAUUAAUAGUUACACAUUCUAAUCAGGCUUUAAAUCAACUGUUUGAGAAGAUCAUGGCUUUAGACAUUGAUGAGAGACAUUUACUACGUCUUGGUCAUGGAGAAGAGGCAUUAGAAACAGAAAAAGAUUUUAGCAGAUAUGGAAGAGUAAACUAUGUCCUUGCUCAGAGAUUGGAAUUGUUAGAAGAAGUAGGAAGAUUACAAUCUAGUUUAAGUGUGAUAGGAGAUAUGUCUCACACAUGUGAAACAGCUGGCUAUUUCUAUCUUUAUCAGGUUUUAGCCAGAUGGGAAGAAUACUUAAGUAAACUACGACAGUCAAAGGAAUGUGAUAAGUUACAGAAGAUAAAGGAGUUGUUUCCCUUUAAUAAAUUCUUUGAGAAUGCACCACAGCCAUUAUUUAAAGGGACCACCUAUGCAGAAGAUAUAGAUAUAGCUGAAGGAUGCUUCAGACAUAUCAAAAAGAUAUUCACACAGCUAGAGGAAUUUAGAGCUUUUGAGUUACUUAGAAGUGGAACAGACCGAGCUGAGUAUCUCCUUAUAAAGGAAGCUAAGAUCAUUGCUAUGACAUGUACACAUGCUGCUCUGAAGAGAAGAGAUCUAGUAGCAGCAGGCUUUAAGUUUGACAACAUAUUAAUGGAGGAGGCUGCUCAGAUUUUAGAGAUAGAAACUUUCAUUCCACUUUUGUUACAGAAUCCUGAAGACAACAUCAAUAGAUUAAAGAGAUGGAUUAUGAUUGGAGAUCACCACCAAUUGCCUCCUGUCAUUAAAAACAUGGCAUUCCAAAAGUUUUCUAAUAUGGAGCAGUCACUGUUUACAAGACUUGUCAGACUGGGUGUACCUACGGUAGAACUGGAUGCUCAGGGCAGAGCUAGGGGAAGCAUUGCUAACCUAUAUAACUGGAGAUAUAAGAAGUUAGGAAAUCUCCCCCAUGUUAUGGUGAAUCAGGAAUACCGAUUAACUAAUGCAGGAUUUGUACAUGACUUCCAGUUGAUUGAUGUGCAGAAUUUUAAUGGAGUUGGAGAAUCAGAACCAAAUCCUUACUUUUAUCAGAAUUUGGCAGAAGCUGAGUAUGUGAUAGCAACUUUUAUGUACAUGAGGAUGCUGGGUUACCCUGCAGAGAAAAUCUCCAUCUUAACUACUUACAAUGGACAGAAACAUCUGAUCCGGGAUGUGUGUAAACAGAGAUGUGGAACUAAUCCAUUUAUUGGAUUUCCUCAUAAGAUAACAACAGUAGACAGAUACCAGGGACAACAGAAUGAUUAUAUCUUACUCUCAUUAGUCAGGACAAAGACAGUUGGUCAUUUAAGAGAUGUACGGCGUCUAAUAGUAGCCAUGUCAAGAGCCAGACUAGGACUGUAUGUCUUUGCCAGGGUGAACUUGUUUAGCAAUUGUUUUGAACUGACACCAGCAUUUAAUCAAUUGAUGACGAGACCGCUACAGCUACACAUUGUACCUACAGAAUCAUAUCCAUCUUCUAAAAAGGUUGGUAGUGCUGUAAAGGAACCAGUAAUGGUCAUAGAUGACAUGGCACAGAUGGCACAAUUUGUUUAUGAUUUCUACAAUCAGAGAAUUAACACCAUGAUGAAACAGCAAGAUUUUAAGCCUCAGGAACUUAAAGGUCCACCUAGACAGAGAAAAAGAUGAGAGUAAUUAAACAAAUGAUGAACUAUUCUUUGAUUCAAAUUCAAACA